AUGGCGUCGAACGAUGGAGCUACAGGGGUAGAGCUCUCAGACUCAGCAGUCACCCUUCCUUCGGACUCAGAGAACUAUUCGGCCACUAUCGAGCUGACGUCGCCAUCCGCUCAGGCUCCCGCGGCCCCUAUGACUUUAUACACACCCCCAUCGUACUGGCGGAUAAUACAGGGCGCAGCCAUCAACCUCAUUCUUCCUUUUGUCAACGGGCUUAUGCUAGGAUUUGGAGAGCUCUUUGCGCAUGAAGCUGCCUUUAGGCUGGGCUGGUCGAACACAAAAAUAUUCCCUACCCAUCGACGAACCCAACAGCCUAUCGGCGGUGGGAUUGAUCUCCGUGAUAUACCGCAUCGGAGGCGGUAG